AUGAUUCCGGGUGUCAGAAGAAGUCAAUUUGCAGCGUAUACGCUGGCUACAUACGUGGGAGCUCUCUGGUCGUUGUUCAAUUGCUUGCAAUCUAGUCUUUCAUAUUUGGAAGCGACGCUGAAACUAUGCCAGGGCAUCAAUUUGAUUAUCCAGGGGAAUUUCGUGAUCAUCAAUACCAUUUUGUUGUGGAAGGGCCUGUCCAAGUUGCUCUUCGGAGAAUUGCGUCUUUUGGAAUACGAACACAUUUUUGAAAGAUUGUCAUUCACCUUAGUGAGUAGCUUCUUUGUGACUUCGAUGUACUCCGGCGAUGAACUAUUGGGAAUGCUUCUUCUUGAAGGAGCGCUAAUUUUCGUAAAAGUGUUCCACUGGGUCCUGAGAGACAGACUAGAGUAUGUGAUCCAAAAUACCGAUGAAAAUACGCCACUCAUCAGACUCCUCUUUUCCAAGUUUGUCUUCAACAUAUGUUUUUUGGCUUGGGUGGACUAUGCCGUAGUCUCGUACUUCUAUCGAAGUGCAACUCUCAAAGGCAAGAAAAUGCUGGAUGGGUCUACAGAAACACUCCUUUUCGGUACCGAGUUUGCAAUGCUUUUCGUAGACGUGCUAGAGGUGGCAUUGAAAACUUUGAUUGUUGCGGUGGAGUUGCGUCAAAUACGCAGAGCACAGGCGCACAAUGAAGAUGAAGGUGCAGGCCUGGAGGGUAAAUUUAUUUACGAGAUGGUUUCAGAGCUCCUUUGUCGCUGUGUCAAAGUCGGUCUACACUCAAUUCUUCUCUUUUCGCUCUCCAUGCCCGUCAUGGUCAUGAAGGACCUUGUAUGGGACUCACUAGCCAUAUUUCAAACGUCUCGUCUGAUAUGGAAAACCUUAAGGAGCAAUAAGCAAAUAGACGAGAAAUUGCCUACGGUUUCUCGUUCGGAACUGGAAUCCGCAGACGAAAAGAUGUGUAUUGUUUGCAUGGAUGAUAUGCUACCAGCUGAUGAGGUCUCUCAUCCCAGAUUGAAGCCCAAGAGGCUUCCUUGCAAUCAUACGCUACAUCUGGGCUGCUUAAAAAGUUGGAUGGAGAGAUCUCAAACAUGUCCCAUAUGUAGGGUUGCGGUCUUUGACGAUAAUGGAAACGUUGCUCCAAGUGUGAGCUCUUCAACUGCUCAAGGACAGUCGCGGCAGGAGACCGAACCAAAUGCACCAGAUCCUGCGCAUGCCGAUGAUACGCAUUUGCAAAGAAAUGCUGCUAGCGCGCUUCUACCAACACCCUCAAGCACUGCGACAGGAUCACACAGAUGGUAUGCUUUUCCCACGGUGGAUAUGCAGGAUUGUAACGGGACAGCCAUAAAGAUUUUUGACGUCACCGGGGCUCAAAAGACCAUGACGAUUACGCAUGUAUCAAGACCCGAAUAUCAAAUACAGGAGGACACAAGCCAUGCCAAUGAAAAGGUGGUGAUUAGUGAUACCAUUGAGAGCAGCAGCUCGGAGAUUGAAAAAUUGAAAAGAAGAAUCUCGGACCUGGAAGGGAAAGUGGGUGAGCUUAAAAAAAGGGCACGGACUGAAUGA